AUGGUCUACGCCAACUACCCCAAGUUGAUGGAGAACCCGCCUUUGGUUGGUCCGUAGCCGAUUCCUGGGAGACGACGGCUUGCGGAGCUCAGAACACUGAUUCGGUUAUAGGAUUCUUGGAUCCCGGCCAGGUGUUAUCGGUGGAUCUGGCUUGUACAAGCUCGAUAACUUUACGAUCCAGCAUACGAUCGAUGUUGAUACUGUGCGUUGAACCUCAAUAUACACCGUGGAACCCAUGACCGCUGAAUAAGAGCUGAUGCUCACCUCUCUCCCGUAAAAUAGCCGUGGGGCAAGCCAUCGUCCCCCCUGACCAUCGCGACCCUCUCGCGGCCCGAUCGACCCGGCCAAGACGUCUCGGUCGCCUUCAUCGCUCGUCACUCGCCCAACCAUGCCAUCACGCCUAGUCAGGUCCCUGCGAGGGCCAACAUCGCCGCGUUGAAGCAUUUGGGCGUGCAGGCCAUCGUCGCUUUCUCCGCUGUCGGGAGCUUGAGGGAGGAGAUCAGGCCGUGAGUCUGUUUGUAAGAUCGGGAGGAUGGUCGACCCGCGUUUCGGAAUGCUGACGAUCCCGCUCUGGUUGGCUCGCAAUUCCCUAGUGGAGAUUUGGUCGUGCCCGAUCAGAUCAUCGACCGAACCAAGGUCCGGUUCCCGUUUUUCGUCCUUCCUUGACUACUUCAUCUGACUCUUUCCUCCCUUCCAUAUCCCUCCAGGGCAUUCGUCCUUCAACCUUCUUCGACUCGUCUCUAGUCGGCCACGCCAUGUUCGGCGAACCCUUCUCCGUGACCCUGUCCCAAUUCCUCCUCCCCCACAUCCAAACCGCGCUCGACUCGUUCUCUUCGAACGUCCAAGACGGUGAUUCGAAACCACGUCUACACUCUGAAAAGACCUUGAUCGUGAUGGAAGGUCCACAAUUCUCUACUAGGGCAGAGAGUAACGUUUAUCGCAUGUGGGGUGGGGAUAUCAUCAACAUGUCGACGAUCCCCGAGGCGAAAUUGGCGAGGGAGGCAGAGUUGAAGUGAGUGGAUUGAGAGUGUUCUUCUUCUGUGUGGAACUUGCAAAAGUGGGUGAAACGGCGGUCCCAUUGAUCCUUGUUAUUUACUCUCAUAUAGUUACGCGCUCGUUUGUACGUCGACGGAUUAUGACGCUUGGCGCGUAGGUCACGCACCCGUCACCGUUGAAGAAGUGAUGAAAACGCUUUCGAACAACGCCUCGUUGAGCAAACAUAUCACCGCCGAGAUCUUGGGAAAAGUUCAUGAUGCUUUGAGUAAAGGCGAGAUCGAGAGUGCCAGGGGAGGGAUGAAGUGGAGCUUGAUGACGAGGCAUGAGUUCGUCAAGCAGGAGGAUUUGGAUAGGUAUAGGUAUAUCUUGCCGGAGUAUUUUGGAGGGGAGGGGGAGGCGGAGGCGAAGAAUUAG